AUGGACAUUGAUUCUGACACAUUAGCAUCACUAGCUGGUAUAUCAAGUUUAGAUGAAGAUUUAAUGGAACGAUUACGUUCAAUAACAACGAGUAAUCGUGAAGAUUUAAUUGCACAAUUUCGUGCAACAACUAAUGCAAUGCUAACCGAUGAAGGGUGUAGAUUCUUUCUAGAAAUGAGUAAUUGGAAUUUAAAUGAAGCUAUAUUGGCUUAUUAUGAUGCUGAAAUGCCAACAGAUAAACUUCCUCAAAUGCGUUUUAUUGCUGAUGUCACUGUAGGAGAAGGCGAAGCCAUUCCGCCUAGUACACGAUUUGUUAAAACGUGGCGAAUUGAAAAUUCUGGUAGCGAACGAUGGCCCAAUAGUUGUUCAUUACGUUUUGUUAAUGGUGAUCGUUUACAAGAUCGAGAUGAAAUCUAUGUUAGUGCAUUAUCGCCCGGUGAACAAACAAAUAUUUCAGUUAAUAUAGCGAGUCCAAAUGCAUCACGUAUUAUUCGAUCACAAUGGCGACUAUUUACACCGGCUGGCGUGCCAUUUGGAGAUCCUAUUUGGCUUAUCGCCAGUGUUGAAGAAGGAGGAUUGAUGGGUAUUACUCAACAACUUGAACAGUGUCAUUCUCUUGGUAUGAACAUGAAUUAUCCAUCAUACAUGAACAAUUCAGCAGGUGCACAAUCAUCGUCAUUGCAUUCUACUCAAUAUAUCGAACCAAGUUCACAUCCAAAUAUGACAAGUGGAGCUGGAUGGAUAAAUUAUCCGCUUGCAUAUGCUCGAACAACAGCAAAUGUUCAUCAAUCACCGGUUGAUCCGUCACCGUCAUCAAAUGGAAGAAUGGAUGAUAGUUCUUUUGAUGCAUAUUAA